CGGCGCUGCCCAUUCUUGUGCAGGUUCGUGACGGCCGACCGAUGACGACGAGGGAGGGAGGAGCCGACGAGGACGACGACGGGGGACUGCCAACUUCGAAACGACGACGGACGACGGCGAAGGAGGGAGGAGGGCCACCGACAAGGACGACGACGGGGGACUGUGGACGAGGACGACGACGGCGAAGGAGGGAGGACGUCUACUGGCAAGGACGACGACGACAAAGGAGGGGGGAGGGACGACUACGAACCACGACGAGGACGACGAAGGGGGGAGGAGGGCUGACGAAGGAGGGAGGAGGGCUGACGAAGGAGGGAGGUGGGGGCGGCAGCGACAGUGCCAGCACUCGGCGGCGGGAGGGAGCGGCGGGAGGCAGCGAUCAGAGUGCACCGGGCGAUGAUGGUGCCAAGCAUCUCACAGACCAGAUGAAGCUGCACUUCAUCGUGGAGGGCGUGGCGGGGACAUAUGCAUUCAAGGGAUCGAAGCGGUGGAUGUGCAAGUACUGCGAGCACCGUUUCAGUGGGACUCCGACGAAACUCUCGAAACACUUCCUCGAAAAGUGCAGCCUUGACUAUUGCACGACGAAAAUGUCGGUGGAGGAGAGGGCGAGGAGGGAAGAGGGGAUAAGGCAGGGGAAGUGGCUUGCUCGCGUGCUGUUGCACGGAGAGGCAUCAGGGUCCGGCCCCAGCAAUUCACAGACCGCCGCUGAAAACGUCCCUCAGGUUCGUAGCUCACAAGUGGGUGCAGCGGGCAUCGUCGACGAAACACCCACGCCUCAAUCGACUGCAGGCACAAUUCAUGGAUCGAAGGCAUCGAAGCCAGUUCCUAAGGGACCUUUACGACAGACAUUGAUCGAGGAGGCCGACAGUGUUAUCACGCACAACGAGCGGACGAGUCGGUUUCUCGACAGGUUUCUGAUCUGCACAAACCAACCGUUCAGUUUGGUGGAGGAUGAGUGCUUCCUGGAGUUCAUUGACGCGGUGAAGAAGGCCCAUCCGACGUGGAUGCCGUGCAGAAGGGAUGAGCAAAGGACGAAACGGCUGGACGCUGACUACUCGUGGGUUGGGGCGGAGAUGGACGGGUGGUCCGGUCGCCGAAACAAGCCCCAUCUGAAUGUCAUGGUGUCCUCGCUAGUUGGUACGGUCUUUUGGAAGUUAGUGUGCAUGGAGGGCAAGGAGAAGGACGCUGAAGCGUACUUCGGUGUCUUGGAUUGGGUCAUCAAAGAGAUCAGAGCGGACGCAGUCGUUGGUGUCGUCAUGGACAACGCAAGGGUGUGCGUCAAGGCAGGGAAGAUGGUGGAGGCCGCCUAUCCGAACAUCUUUCGCGUCGGAUGCACUACGCAUGCGCUCGAUCUUGCGCUGGAGGACAUGUAUAAGCACAUGCCUUGGAUGGCGGAGGUGGUUGAUGCCGGRAACAAGGUCGGCAAGUUUUUCACGAAUGUGGACAAGGCGAGGGCCAUGUUCCACAACUACUCACCGAAGACGAAGUUGAAGCGCCCUGCGRCAACCAGAUUUGCCACCAACUUCACGAUGCUCGGGUCUUUGAAGGAAMUGAAGAAUGCACUGGAUCGCUGCGUUUGCGAUGUGGGAUGGGUGGAGAAGAUGGUACGGGCAGAGCAGUUAGUGGYGUUCAACGAGGUGAYGACCAUCAUUCUWGACAAGGGCGAGUUUUGGARCAACCUCAACAMGGCGCUCGAUGUGAUGCAGCCCGURGUGGAGCUGCUUCGGCUGGUGGAUGGACAAGGACCGACCAUUUCGAAGGUGUACUUCAAAAUGGAUCGGGUUGUUCAGCGCAUGCAAGAGGUGGUUGGGGCGGACGUCGAAGACGAGGAAGACAAGUUUCCACUGCGGCGCACCUUCCAGUGCAACGACGAGGUUGACGAGAGGCUGUGUGAGGAGGACUCUGUUCUCAUCAGUACACGGGAGCGCGAUUGGCACGAGUGCACGAAGCCUGGGAAAUACCGUGAGCGUGAGUUGCGCAGGAGAUCAGGCAGCAAGCUGCCUGUGCCUCAGGAGUUGUAUACGAAGGAGGGCUACGCUCUUGCAUUGGCAGCUCAACGAGCGGGCACAUGGGUGGAGGGUCGAGAGGAGGGACCACGGAGGUGGCGCACAAACAAGGGCAAAGAGAAGGUUGAUGACAACGCGCCCGUGCAGUGUGGCAAAAGGAAGGUUGUCGAGCAACAACAGCCACGACCGAAGAGGGGUCGUCCCACAUUGGCGGAGCAGGCAGCACGCAGGGCACGAAAGGCGGAAGAGAAGGCCGCGAAGGCAGCAGCUGACGCUGCCGCAGCAAAAGCUGCUGCGGUCAAAGCCGUUGCGGCCAAAGCCCGAGCAGCGACGAAAGCCGCCGCGAAGAACGCUGCCGCUGGGAAGACGAAGAGAGCCGCCAUCAUAAAUGAUGACGACGAUGACGAUAUCCCGAAAGAAAUCCGGGGAGACGAAGAUCUCGAAGGCUCAACAUCGACUUCUUCCAGCUCAAGUGACACAUCUGAUUCCGGUGGGGGGGAGGGAACGAAGGAGAGUGACGAGGAAGAAGGCGGUGAGUGUGAGGUGCAGCCGGAGGAGAGCGAGGAGGAAGGGGAACAGGCGGUGUAGGGUGCACCCACUGUGCUGUUUUGGCAGACAAACUCAAGUUACUAAGCAAUUCGAAUUUUGAACUUGUGGAUCUUUUCUCUAUACCACUAAAGGAAACAGCGGUCCUCGCGUGGGGCCCAACAGAAACCGGCCGCCGCCGCGCCGGACCGUUGUCGGGCAGUGGGCAAGGGGGAACCAACGGCGCGCUGUCGGCGCCAAUACCCUUACAAGGGUAUCCGCCCUGGUUUUUGCAGAUGACAGGGAACAAUGAGUUUGGUCGAAAUAAGCCGUGCGAGGCACGAUCGC